AUUCUCCUAUCCCUCAUCGUCGCUAGUAAUUCAGAUAGUCGCAAAUGAUAGGAGAACAUAUCGGGGUUUGAAUUUCCGUGGAAAAUUCCUCGUUCAAACGGAGACGUUGAUUACAAGAUCUAGUCGACGUAUUACACAAGGCAGCACAAUGACUCGUUGCUCUUUACCGAGCUUUCAAUAUUUUGGUCGUGAUAUUUUUGAGCUUCUCGGAAAUUUGAGAGUUUGGAGUUGUCAUUCACGUGAUAGAAGAGUAUUUCAUCUAAUUUUUGUUGCGUAUCUCUUUGCUCUCAAUUUUUUAUUGAUCAUAUCCGAAAUUUUGGAUGUCGGAAAUUAUCAUGAUUUGUCUAGCUUCGCUGCUCAUAUUAAUCCCCUGUUUUUACAUUUUUUGGGACUUUUUAAAUGGAGCUAUUGCAUUAUUCGUCGUGCCGAUAUUGUGGGCCUUGUCGAGUGCAUGGAGAGGUGUCACCUUUUGGCGCAGCAGAUUAAUCUGCAGGAUGUUGACUGUUGGGAGUACAGAUUGAAGUUAAACAGGUGCCAAAAGUACUCGACUUUAUUUAUGAACGUAUGGCUCUUCGUGGCAAUCGGUGGUGUAUGCCAAUGGUGCACUAACCCAAUUGUUUACGAUUUUUAUGAACAAUAUUACAGCGGAAAAAUCAUCGAGUCAAGUGCGAUGAGGCGUUUGCCUUAUCCCGGAUUAUUCCCCUGGGAAAUAAACAGCAUUUCACGAUACGUCAUGUGUUUUGCUUUCCAAUUAUGGGGUGGGAUUGCAUCGACUGUUGGUGUUGCUGUCUUUGAUAUUUUAAAUUUGACAUUCAUGAUGUACGCGUGUGCCCAAUUAAAUCAUCUCAAGGACACGUUAAUCGCGAAAAGUGAAAAGCCAGAUGAAUCCUACAAUAAAAUUCAGAUUCAUCAGUUGGGGGAGAAAUUGAUGAGAUGCAUCCGCCAUCAUUGCCAAGUUUUGAUAUUUCUCAAGAAAUUGGAGGAAUUUUCAUCCGGCCCGAUGUUUGUCCAGUGUCUCGGAAUUAUUGUCGCACUUUGUUUAAUUUCUUUUGAAGCCUCGACUAUUCAAUUCAAUGGCAGCAUCGAACCUGUGAUGAAGACAAUAAUGAUGUUCGAGUACUGGUGCAGCAUUGUCGCUGAAUUAUUUCUGUACUGCUACAUGGCUUCCGAACUUGGACAAUUAGGAAUGGAAGUCAGUCAAGCGAUUUACGCCUGCCGAUGGGAACAGUUUUAUGUAAAUUACUCGAGUGAUUAUGAGAGCAAACGAAUGAUUUCCGUGAUUACACAUAUCAUUCGAUUCAGUAUCAUGCGCAGUCAACGACCAAUUCUUAUCACUGGUGGUUUUUAUGUUCUCUGUUUACCAACAUUCAAAGCUCUGGUGGGACUCUCUGUCUCGAAUGCCCUAAUACUCCGACAACUUACAGGGGAUUAAAAUAAAUGUACGUAAUGAUUUUGAUAACUGAAAAACUGAAGUUUGAUAAAAAUCCA